UUCAAACUGUUUUCCGUUACAAAACAACAACUUUAUUCCUAAAGAGCAAAUUCCUUGUUUUUUCUGACAAUUCAACGUCAAAUUCACUUACAAUCUUUUACAAAUGGCAUACAAUGAUCACAGCAGAUUCUAGUUACAGCCAGUGGCUUGUUUCUCUGUUUCACAAUCCUCACCACCGAAUAAAUCUGCAUGGAAAAUUGCAUUUCUUUCAAGACUUAUCAUCGCUCAACAAGAGCGAACGCAACAACACAAUGGACACACUGAAUCCCAUUCAUUUAAUUAGUUCCAGCGAUGAGGAUUCAAUGGCAACAACUGAAGAAAUCAUUGAUGUUGUUCACACUCUGCAGCUGCAAACCUGCCCGCCUGUUAUCAUCGAAAUGAAGAAAUGGAUUUAUUCGUGCUUGAAAAGUGAGGUUUGCUGUGACACCGGCUGUUGUGUCAAUGAAUACAAGACAUUGACACAGUUUUGGUAUGCUUGGUUUAUCAUCACAAUUCUGGGCGCUUUCCUCCUCGGUUGCUUCCAUUAUUACAAAAAACAAAAAAUGCGCGUUAUGCAUGCGCAGCAACAAGCUACAAGACGUCAUGCAUCACGCCUGCAGCAACAACAUCUCCUCAACGAACAUGUUAUGCAUGUACAUCCACCAGGGAACGUAGAAAACGGUUAUAUUAACUUCCUGCGUCAAUACAAUCACAAUUCGUCGGAUUUAAGACAAUCUGUCGAUGCGGAAGCUGCGCAUGCGUGGACACCACGGGUUAAUGAUGAUUAUCAUGAUCAACUCAUGGAUAGAGUGCUUGCAUGUGUCCGCGAACAGCGUUCGGCUUACAAUAAUGUUUUACAAGCCGGAUUGCAUGAGAUACAAAGUUGUAGAAGUGCUAGAAGACAGCCAUUGCAGUGUGGGUUGCCGCCGCCGAGUUAUGAUGCGUUGGUUAUGAAUAGAAAUGCGGCGGAAGAUGAACCACCGCCGGUUUAUCAUGAAGCUUGUAAAUUAAUCGCUGAGAAUGAGAACAGAAGAAUACAGACGGAGAAUAAUGAUGAAAAUGGACCAGAGAGGAGUUGUAAUGUGAAUAAUGUGGAUUGUAAUGGUCCCACACAAAUUUAAACGGUUAAAAGUAAGAAAACUCAGAAGAUAUUUGGGUUUUAUUUAAAAACUGUAAUUUUGGUGUGAAACUUGGUACAAAUUGUGUAUAUUUGUAACAUAUUUGAUGAAUAAUGGUGUAAAUUUGUUAUCAUACAUAUCAAA